CGCGAUGCUGCGAGGCGGACGGCGCGAGCAGUCCCGCUGGCACCGCCGAGCCACCGCGGUGGGCAACCUGCUGCCUUGGCUGAUGUUGGCAUCCGUGGGCGCCACGUCUUGCCCCGAUGUCUGCUGUCCCUUUGGCCCCUCGGGACUGCGCUGUACCGGGGCUUCGACCCUAAAUAGCCUCCGUCAACUGCCGGGAGCUGAGAACCUGACAGAGCUUUAUGUGGAGAACCAGCAACAUCUGCAGCAUCUGAAGCUCCAAGACCUGCAGGGCCUGGGGGAAUUGAGAAACCUCACCAUCGUGAAGAGUGGUCUCCGUUUCGUGGCGCCAGAUGCCUUCCAUUUCACUCCUCAGCUCAGUCGUCUGAACCUCUCCUUCAACCAUCUGGAGUCUCUGUCCUGGAAAGCAGUUCAGGGCCUGUCCUUACAGGAGCUGGUCCUGUCUGGGAAUCCCCUGCACUGUUCCUGUGCCCUGUACUGGCUGCAGCGCUGGGAAGAGGAGGGGCUGGGCAGAGUGCACACACAGGGGCUGCGCUGUCUCGGGCCUAGGAACCAGAGUCUGCCCCUCAGCCAUAACACCAGCUGUGGUGUGCCCACACUGAAGGUCCAGGUGUCCAAUGCUUCUGUGGAUGUGGGGGAUGCCGUGUUGCUACAGUGCCACGUGGAGGGCCGGGACCUGCAGGAUGCUGGCUGGAUCCUCACAGAGCUGGAGGAGUCAGCCACAGUGAUGAAAUCUGGGGAUUUGCCAUUCUUGGAGCUGACCUUGGCCAAUGUCACCAAGGGCCUCAACAGGAAGAACGUGACGUGCUGGGCUGAGAAUAAUGUGGGCAGGACUGAGGUCUCUGUCCAGGUCAAUGUCUCCUUCCCGGCCAGCGUGCACCUGGAGAGCCCGGUGGAGCAACACCACUGGUGCAUUCCCUUCACCGUGGACGGCCAGCCAGCGCCCUCCCUGCGCUGGCUCUUCAACGGCUCCGUGCUCAAUGAGACUGGCUUCAUUUUCACCCAGUUCUUGGAGUCUGCUCCCAACGAGACCGCGCGCCACGGCUGCCUGCGUCUCAACCAGCCCACACACGUCAACAACGGCAUCUACACGCUGGUGGCCGUCAACCCCUUGGGCCACGAUAAUGCCUCCGUCCCCGCAGCCUUCAUGGACAACCCCUUCCAGUUCAAUCCUGAGGACCCCAUCCCCGUCUCCUUCUCCCCGGUGGACACUAACAGCACGUCUGGACAUCCGGUGGAGAAGAAGGACGAAACGCCUUUUGGGGUCUCUGUGGCUGUGGGCCUGGCUGUCUUUGCCUGCCUCUUCCUUUCUGCUGUGCUCCUCGUGCUCAACAAAUGUGGACAGAGAAACAAGUUUGGGAUCAACCGCCCUGCUGUGCUGGCUCCAGAGGACGGGCUGGCCAUGUCCCUGCAUUUCAUGACACUGGGUAGCAGCUCUCUUUCUCCUGCUGAGGGCAAAGGUUCUGGACUGCAAGGCCACAUCAUCGAGAAUCCACAGUACUUCAGCAAUGCCUGUGUCCAUCACAUCAAGCGUCGGGACAUCGUGCUCAAGUGGGAGCUGGGUGAGGGUGCCUUUGGGAAGGUCUUUCUCGCUGAGUGCCACAACCUGCUUCCUGACCAGGACAAGAUGCUGGUGGCUGUCAAGGCCUUGAAGGAAGUGUCUGAGAGCGCACGGCAGGACUUCCAACGCGAGGCAGAGCUGCUCACCAUGCUGCAGCACCAGCACAUUGUGCGCUUCUUUGGGGUCUGCACGGAGGGCCGCCCACUGCUGAUGGUCUUUGAGUACAUGCGGCAUGGGGACCUCAAUCGCUUCCUCCGGUCCCAUGGGCCUGAUGCCAAGCUGCUGGCUGGCGGGGAGGAUGUGGCCCCAGGUCCCCUGGGCCUUGGGCAGCUGCUGGCUGUGGCUAGCCAGGUGGCAGCGGGCAUGGUGUACCUGGCCAGCCUGCACUUCGUGCACCGUGACCUGGCCACACGUAACUGUCUGGUGGGCCAGGGUCUGGUGGUCAAGAUCGGGGAUUUCGGCAUGAGCAGGGACAUCUACAGCACCGACUAUUACCGCGUGGGAGGCCGCACCAUGCUGCCCAUCCGCUGGAUGCCGCCUGAGAGCAUCCUCUACCGAAAAUUCACCGCCGAGAGCGAUGUGUGGAGCUUUGGUGUGGUGUUGUGGGAGAUCUUCACCUAUGGCCAGCAGCCCUGGUACCAGCUCUCCAAUGCUGAGGCGAUCGAAUGCAUCACACAGGGCCGUGAACUGGAACGGCCCCGUGCCUGCCCGCCAGAGGUCUACACCAUUAUGCGGGGCUGCUGGCAGCGAGAGCCCCAGCAGCGCCACAGCAUCAAGGACGUGCACGCCCGGCUGCAAGUGCUGGCCCAGGCGCCUCCGGUCUACCUGGAUGUGCUGGGCUAGGGGCCAGCCCAGGGGUUACUGUCAGCCACCAGGGAUGAGCUCAGAGCAUCUAACUUACCCUCAGCAUGCAGGAGGGGCCAGGUGGGCUGGGAAGAGAGGAUGGUCCUGCUUCUCCAGGCAAAGUCCCAUUGCAGCAAUUAUAUUUAUUAUCUCU